GCGUACUUAAUCGGUAGUAACUCGGAAUGUUCAAUAAUCUUGGAAGCGUCGCGCGCUGCACAUCUCAAAGCAAAAAGAGAAACGAUUGUUGCGUUUUGUUUUUGGGAGAGACAAGCACGUCUAUUUGGACGAGCCACAUCCAAAGAUUGUGGAGAUCAACGAGCAGCAAUGAGCUUCUUCGGGUUCGGUCAGAGUGCGGACAUCGACAUAAUUCUGAAUGACGCCGAGACGAGAAAGAAAGCGGAGCACAAGAGCGAAGACGGAAGGAAGGACAACUAUUUUCUCUUUUUCGACGGUGAGACGGUGUCAGGAAAAGUCAACGUCACGCUUAAGAACCCGGGAAAGAGGUUGGAGCACAACGGCAUCAAAGUUGAGUUUGUCGGCCAGAUAGAGCUGUAUUACGACAGAGGGAACCACCAUGAGUUUGUGUCUUUGGUGAAAGACUUGGCUCGGCCAGGAGAGCUUACACAGUCCCAGACGUUUGACUUCGAGUUCACACACGUGGAGAAGCCAUACGAGUCGUAUACGGGUCAGAACGUCAAAUUGCGUUACUUUCUUAGGGCGACAAUAAACCGGAGAUUGAGUGACAUCAGCAAAGAGCUUGGCAUUGUGGUUCACACCCUGAGCACAUUCCCUGAUCUUAACUCAUCCAUCAAGAUGGAAGUGGGGAUUGAGGACUGUCUACACAUAGAAUUUGAGUACAAUAAAUCCAAAUAUCACCUAAAAGAUGUGAUUGUAGGAAAGAUUUACUUCCUUCUGGUGAGGAUUAAGAUUAGACAUAUGGAAAUUGACAUCAUCCGACGAGAGACCACUGGUACAGGACCCAGUGUAUACCAUGAGAAUGACACCAUAGCAAAGUAUGAGAUUAUGGACGGAGCCCCAGUCAGAGGAGAAUCUAUUCCCAUCCGGUUGUUUCUGGCAGGCUAUGAAUUGACACCGACCAUGAGAGACGUCAACAAGAAGUUUUCAGUGAGAUACUACCUCAACUUGGUUCUCAUAGACGAGGAGGAAAGACGCUAUUUCAAACAACAGGAAAUCAUUUUGUGGAGGAAAGGUGACAUAGUGCGGAAGAGCAUGUCUCAUCAAGCCAUGAUUGCGGCACAGCGUUUCGAGGGUUCCUCCAAUCCAGAGAAGGCCCACAGUCAGAGCACUGAACAAGACGACAGCUAAAUCCCAGCCGGAGCGUCAUCUAAAUGAACACAGUUCAGAUAUGUCGGUCCAAAUGUUGAGUGAGAGAGUGAGUUAAUCUUUGAAUUACAAUUUGUGUGUGAAGGGAACAAACGGUCACACUCUGGACUGUAGUUUAUAUUUCAGUUUAACCAUCUUAAAGCACUGUCUACAUGGAGCACUGAGACUAAUGAAAUGAUGCCAGCAACUUUCUGUCUUUCACAAUUAUCCUAAAGGAAUCUAUAAGUGGUCAUUUAUUACACCGAUCAUUAAGGAAAACAUCUUUAACAUAUCAGCCACAGGUAUGUUUGGGACAACGUUGGUGUCUUCAGUGUUUAUACCUGGCUAAAAGAUUGCACUGUGAGGAAACUGUAGUCAUACAGCAGCUCUAGAAAGAGUGGCUCUAUCAAACGUUGUGUGUCACUUCACAGAAACAUGACAAUGUGAAAGAAUUGAUUAAUGUGUGCUAGAACUCAUUCAGAGGAUUAUGUUGCUGCCACCUUCUGCUUUUUUCUUUAAACUUUGCUUGUAGUUUGCAGACAUAGCUUGCCUCUAGAAUCCCAAACAAAAAGUACAAAACCUCAGAAAUGGUCUCCAUAAGAAGACAAACACUAUCAUUUGCAAAAAUGUACAUGUGGACAAUAUUUUCAUACAUUCCAGUGCUGUUGUAAGCAAUAAACAUGAUUGUAAAGCAUUUUAAUUAAAAACACAUUUUUAACUAACAUUUUACAUGUAAUAUGCAUCCAUCAAAUGUGGGUUGAUGUCAACUCUCCAGUGGUUUCUUUAACAACACAUGUAAUUUCCCUGUGUUCCUAUAUGUUUAUUAUAAGGUUGUUAAAGUCACCAUUGACGUCUUGUUUUGGGGCCCAGCUGUUAUUUUGCACUAUGACAUCCUUCUGUUUAGUUCUGUUUUCUGCUCUUUAUUCUGUUUAUGACUGAUCCAAUGGCAGGGUUCAUGAGCAGAAUAAAAGUAUGCCUUUAAAUGAUCAUAACUAAAGAUGUAUUAAUCAGAUAUUUCCUGGCCAAUACUGAUUAUUGGUUUUCUUUGCAGUGUGACCUGCUGAUUUCCUAAGGAUUCUAACUGAUAGAAAACAGGAAAAAUGUGCUGCAGAUUCAGAUAGAGCCAAUAGUUUUUUAUGAAAAUAAAAGAGUAAAGUACA